AUGGCUCCGACUACAAUAGCCCCCUUUCCUCCCAACAGGAAAUUCAUCGUAAUUUCUCUUCUAGAGGACUUGCCUAGCACCGAAUCGCAUGUGAUGCACGUCAUCUUCUACAACGGUGUAGGACUCCUGGGGGGACAAGGAGUUCUGAAGCUUUAUGACCGGCGUUACGCUAGAAGCAUUCGUGAAGUCAACGGCACAACCACAGCCGCUCCGCGCGAAGCAGAUAAUGCCUAUCUUUCAUUCGUGCGUCAAGGGAAAAUGACCGUUUUUCGCUCCGCCUUGGAACAUAUCUACAAAACCGCGCCCGUCAGACCCCGUGCAAGCGAGUUCCUUGACACCCAACGUUAUGGCGGCCCCGAGGCUGACCGCGUGGCAAGAUUUGAAGCCGCUGCCUGGUACGAAAAUAAUAAGCGCUUUAAGACCGAGUUAAAGGCAUACAAACAGCUCAAACCCUUUCAAGGCGAUAAGAUACCGCGCCUCCUCGCACACAUCCGAAUCCCAUAUCCUAUCAUUUACAAGCGUCCUCAAGAAAACGGCGACGAACAAUGGGACGAAUUCUUUUGUGUUCAUGGCCUCCUUUUAGAAUACAUUCCUGGCCCCAAGCUCGGACGGUGGCCUAAACCCAGCUUUUCCCCAGACACUCUAAAGGCAGCGAUACAAAGCGCCAUCGAUUCGAUCAAUGAUAUCAAUAAAUUGGGCGUUGUUGUCGAAAAAAACAACAAUAACGUCAUAAUGAAGAACAAGGACACUAAUGACCAAAUUCUUCCACUCGACAGUCAAAAACCCUUCAUUGUCGAUUUCGCCAAGGCUGUAUUGCGUGACGACUUGUACGAGAUUGUGAUUACGGGACUUCCCACAAGAGACUUGUUGGCCACAGAAUACCUCUCCGCCCGUCUGAAACACGCGUAUGAGGAAAAGGCGAACGAGUUCAACGAGAGCUUCGCCGGGGACCUUGAGGAGAUCAUGAGAGAGACAUAA